UGUAUUUAUAUUGUGGAUACGUUAGUUAUUAUUUUUAUCAUAAUUCUUGGUCUUUAAUUCAGUAUUAAAUAGAGUAUAUAAAUUUAUAAGUUCAUGUUAUAAAAUAGUAUAUACGUCAUUAUGAGCUUAAGGUGUCAUAUAAAAUUUUCCGCGAAGUAUCUUAAAACUUUUUGUGGUGUAUAUGAAGCUUUCAGAUUUUAAGAAUAUGUUGGAAAUAUUCUUAAUUUAAAACAAUUUUACGCUAUGUUGAAUAAAAUUACAUUUCAUCUAUACAGAACUUUCUCAGCCUGAAAAUGUUCUGAUGAGACCAAAAUGGCUGAAGCAGUUCCAGAAUAUAUUGAUUUUCCUAAAGAAGAGGAGAAAAUACUUCAGUUUUGGAAAUCUAUUGAUGCUUUCAAAAAUUGUCUGAAACAGUCCAAAGGCAAACCUAAGUACACUUUCUAUGAUGGUCCUCCAUUUGCCACUGGUCUCCCUCAUUAUGGUCACCUUCUUGCUGGAACAAUAAAAGAUAUUGUGACUCGAGUAGCUCACCAAUCUGGAUUUCAUGUUGAUCGUCGUUUUGGAUGGGAUUGUCAUGGUUUACCUGUAGAAUACGAAAUUGACAAAACUCUUGAUAUUAAAGGCCCAAAAGAUGUCGAAAAAUUAGGAAUUGCAAAUUACAACAAUGAAUGUCGAAAAAUUGUGAUGCGCUAUGCAAAGGAGUGGGAAGAAAUCGUUGGUCGUAUGGGUAGGUGGAUUGAUUUUGAAAAUGACUACAAAACUUUAUAUCCUUCUUUCAUGGAGAGUGUAUGGUACACAUUCAAGCAACUCUAUAACAAAGGAUUUGUUUAUCGGGGAGUAAAGGUAAUGCCAUUUUCAACUGCUUGCAGUACUCCUUUGUCCAACUUUGAAUCUGGUCAGAAUUACAAAGAAGUCGUUGACCCCGCUGUGAUAGUCAAUUUCCCACUUGAUAAAAGUCCUGAUGUUUCUAUUAUUGCCUGGACUACUACGCCAUGGACUCUUCCUAGUAAUCUGUCUGUCUGUGUACACCCAGACCUAGAUUAUGUCAAGCUUAAAGACAAUGCCACUGGUAAACUGUAUAUAAUGAUGGAAGCAAGACUGGAAGCUUUAUAUAAAAAGCCUGAGGACUAUACAAUUCUUGAGAGGUUUAAAGGGAGAACCUUGGAAGGAAAUACAUAUGAUCCCUUAUUUCCAUAUUUCAAACAUUUAAAAGCAAAAGGAGCAUUUAGAGUUGUUUGUGAUACUUAUGUAACUGAAGAAAGUGGUACUGGUGUUGUACAUCAAGCUCCAUAUUUCGGAGAAGAUGAUUAUAGAAUAUGUCUUAAAUAUGGAAUCAUUACCAAAGAUCAAGAAAUAAUAUGCCCGUUAGAUUUCAGUGGAAAGUUUGUUGAUCCAGUGACAGAUUUCAAAGAUCAAUAUGUUAAAGAUGCUGAUAAAAAUAUCGUAAAGUACUUAAAGAGCAAGGGGAGGUUGGUCCACCAGUCUACUACAAAACACAGCUACCCAUUUUGUUGGAGAUCUGAUACUCCUCUCAUUUAUCGUGCAGUACCAUCUUGGUUCAUUAGAGUAGAACAUAUGACUGAAACUUUAUUGAAGGCAAACAAGGAAACAUAUUGGGUUCCAGAUUUUGUCAAAGAAAAAAGAUUUGCCAACUGGUUAAGAGAUGCUCGUGAUUGGGCAGUUUCUAGAAACAGAUAUUGGGGAACACCAAUUCCUUUAUGGGUCAGUGAUGAUGGAGAAGAAAUAGUGUGUGUAGGGUCUAUUGAAGAACUUGAGCAACUCACCAACACUAAAGUUACUGAUCUUCAUAGAGAACAUGUUGAUCAGCUGACCAUUCCAUCUUCUCGUGGAAAGGGAGUUUUAAAACGAGUAACAGAGGUUUUUGAUUGCUGGUUUGAAAGCGGUAGUAUGCCAUACGCUCAAGUUCACUACCCUUUUGAAAAUGCUAAAGAAUUUAAUGACAUAUUCCCUGCAGAUUUUAUUGCAGAAGGAGUUGAUCAAACUAGAGGCUGGUUUUAUACACUUUUGGUGAUAUCUACAGCUUUACAUGGAAAAGCACCAUUUAAAAAUUUGAUUGUGAAUGGUCUGGUCUUAGCUAGUGAUGGACAAAAGAUGAGCAAGAGGAAAAAGAAUUAUCCUGAUCCUAUGGAUGUUGUUAACAAGUUUGGUGCUGAUUCUCUUAGGCUUUAUUUAAUCAAUUCCCCUGUUGUUCGAGCAGAAACACUAAGGUUCAAAGAGGAAGGUGUCCGAGACGUUUUAAAAGAUGUCUUUUUGCCGUGGUAUAAUUCUUAUCGAUUUUUAGUGCAGAAUAUCCAUAUGUAUGAAAAGAAUUGGGAUACCAAAUUCAUAUAUUCUGAAGAUUCAUAUAAUGAGAAAAACUAUCAAGAUAAGACUCAAAAUAUAAUGGAUUGUUGGAUAUUGUCAUUUACUCAAAGUCUUGUGGAUUUUGUGAAGAAGGAAAUGAAAGCCUAUCGAUUAUAUACUGUUGUGCCAAGGUUAGUUAAAUUUGUUGAUCAUCUAACGAAUUGGUAUGUUCGAAUGAAUCGGCGAAGAUUGAAAGGUGAUGGAGGAGAAACUGACUGUAAAAUUGCUUUGGAAACCUUGUUUUUAGUUCUCUACACUAUGAUCAGAAUGAUGGCACCAUUCACUCCUUUCUUCACUGAACUUAUGUACCAAAACCUACAGAAAGUACUUGCUGAUUAUGAAAAAAGUGAUAAGCAGAAGAGUAUACAUUAUUUGUAUCUACCUGAUACAAAGGAUCAUUUAAUCAAUGUUGUAGUUGAGAGAAAAGUAGCUAGAAUGCAAGAGGUCAUUGAUAUAGGUCGCCUUAUUCGAGAAAGAAACACUUUACCUAUAAAGUAUCCUUUGUCAGAGCUUGUGGUUAUUCAUGAAAGCAAAGAAUAUCUAGAAGAUGUGAAGUCUUUAGAAAAAUUCAUUGUUGAGGAAUUAAAUAUUAAAACCCUAACCAUAACAACUGAAAAACAAAGCUAUGGUGUUCAAGUUAAAGCUGAGCCUGAUACCAAAGCAUUAGGAAUAAAAUUACGCUCUGCCUCUAAAGCUGUAGCAGAUGCUGUCAGAAAACUUGACAGUUCUCAAUUGGCUGAGUUCAUGAGCAAAGGGUGUAUAACAGUUUGUGGUCAUGAAUUGGUAGAAGGUGACAUUCGCCUAAUGCAUAGCUUUAGUGGAGAAAAGGCAGAAGAACUGUCUAAAAAGUAUGAAGCACAUUCAGCUGGAGAGGUUUUGAUUUUGCUUGAUAUUACAAGAAAUCAAGAUAUGGUUGAUGAAGGAACUGCUAGAGAAGUAAUAAACCGCAUUCAAAAAUUGAGGAAAAAAGCCCAUCUAGUGCCAUCUGAUCCAGUAUCAGUUUAUGUAUCUGUUAGUCCACCAACUGAUUCUCUCAAUAAUGUUAUUAAAAACUUUCAAGAAUUUAUUGUGAACACUAUAAAAGUUCCUGUUGGAUUUCUUCCAUAUCCACCUGAUAAGAAAGUCAUCAUUCAGGAGACAUCAGAUAUUAAAGGUGUGCAAUUAGAAAUGGUGAUAGUUAGUUCUGAAGAUAUAAAACAUGAAAAGACUUUAAAUGCAGUUCAUAAAAACAAGCAGCAUUUUUCUCCCGAAGAUGUGAGAAAAAAGCUAAAGACUGCUCACAUAAGCAGUGAGCCAUUUUGUAGGUUUGUAAAUGUAGAGCUUUGUGAACUAAAUGGACCAUCUGAUGUUACAACUACUUCUUGUAGUGUUCUAUUAGAAAAUCCAAAAGGGCAUUAUCUUUUGUCCGGUGAAGGACUAUCUCGUCAGGUUCAAGUUGUGUUUGGAAUUCAUGGCAAGAAACCAGUGUUGUAUUUAAAUUCAGAUAAGACAAAUCCAAUAAGCACUUGUACAAAAGAAGAAAUUAUGAAUCUUCAUUCUAAGACUUUAUAUGCUUAUUUUUCAUGAGUAUUUAUUGUGUUCUAAUAAAAUAAUUUGGUUCAAUUUA